ACAAGCAAUUCAUUCUUACAAUUUCAGAAAACACACCAAAAAACCACCAUGAAAAUCAUUGGAUUCGCUCUCUUUGCACUGUUGGCUACAGCCAACUCCUUGCCUCAGCAAGUUCAAACCUCGAACUUGAGAGACUCGAGGGCUCUUGACCAGAUUGUCAUUGGACUUAUUGAUUCCGUCAUUGUGAUGAUCCAGGAGCGCGGUCUUGACCCCUACGUCGUUGAGCUUGCUAAAGGAGAAUACACUCUUGGCGGAUUCCUCUUCGCCAGCGGUCGCGUCGAGAACUUCGUGUUCUCUGGCCUCAGCAACAUUGUCGUCAACUCUGUCGGCUUCUCGGGCUCUGAUUUGGACAUCGACAUCUCUCUGCCUAGACUCGCUGCUGGUGUUGAUAAUGUCAUUGGUGACGUGACUAUUGGAAGCAGGAACAUUCAGGGUGAAUUUAGCGGAAGAAUCGCUAUUGUCGACCUUCGCUUGGCCGCACGUAUCAGCCUGGGACUCUCUGCAUACCUUCUUGAUGAUUUGAGCCUUUCAUGCCAACUUGGAGGAAUUGAAGCCGACUUCAGCUCCUUCAUUCUCCAAGGAAAUGACGUGACUGACAGUGUGAACAACUUCGUCGGAAACACCUUGCCCAAUCUGCUCAUCCAAUACGAGAACGAAAUCAACCGUUUCUUCGAGGGAGUCAUCAUCCGUAUUGUCGAGCGCCUGUUCUAAAAUAUCAUCAUUAUUUUUUUUAAUAUUAAAUAAUGUAUCGAUUUUAAUACCGGAUUCUUCACCAAUCGUUAUUUAUUCUAAUAAACACAUCAAACAAUA